CUGACAGAUCUCCUUAUUCAGGUUACAUGUAGAUUGCAGACUUUCUCGAUUUAUUCGGGGUUUAUAGAUAUUGUGUAAAAGAAAUAAGCAAAACUGAGAUUUCAAGGAAACCUUUUGUUAUGAUUUGUACAUCUAUAUGUUACCCUGUAAGCCACCAGUUUGCUACUAUCUGGGACCAAUGUAGUUCUGGCUUCCAUAACGUUAAUGUUGAUAUUUUUUUUUUUUGAUGUUUAACACAUCCAAAAAGGUAAUAUAUAACGUGUUCGCUGAAGUUCUUUAGCUAGGACCAAUGACAAAUCCUACACCCAACUACUAAGAAAAAUAUUCCAGGCUACACGUCUGAAUGCAGUAAAGCGAAUGGAUGGAUGUUGUAAAGUUGUGGUGAAAACUUUUAGUGGAGCAGUACAUCGCUAGAGGAUUUUACAAUGUACAUCUGCAUUGUACAAGAAGUAUUGACUUAGAUGAAAUAACGAUGCUAAAAACCCCAUUUUUGGUACACUGCAUUCAAAGGGCUUGUCAAGAAAUAUAGCUGUAUCAAGAAACAUCAUACCUCCACUACUUGCCCUUCAUGUUUAUCACAAGAAGAAGUUAAUUGUGAAAUAAGAUUUAUUACCAAUGAUGAGCCAACAGGAUCCAUGUAGCUUCCUUCUCAAGUGUGGUGCAUGCUUAGAACUGUUUCAAUCAAUCAACAAACUGCAUGACCACAUGGCCACACAUACAAUUAGUGGCUCAUAUUAUUUUAACAAUACCCGAAAGAUUGCCUUUCCAAAAUUUAAAACUGUAUGCACUUUUACUCAGACCGUUGAAACUGAUUAUAUCUAUACCACAAAUGAUACUGGUCAUGUUAAUUCUAGAUCUGAAAGCAUUUCAUCAGAGGUUGACAUCCAAAGUCAAAGAAAUAGGAAUGAUUUAAGAGGGGAAACUGAUAUGCACUUCAAUAAAGAUAACAUUCACGGUGAUGAGGAUCAGAAAGAUAUGCCUAUGACUGGAGAAACCGAACUCCAUUCAAUUGAUGAACAUGUUUCUUUUAUAGAGGAUGAGGAAGGGUUUUCUGAAAGGAAUGCUUAUGUCAAGGAAGAUGAAUCUGGACAGGAAAUGGUGGAAACAGACACAGUGAGUGAGGAAAAGAUCCCAACUGAUUCUCAAGAAAAAGUUAGUGUAAAAAAGGGUUUGAAAUUCAUGUGUGAUAUCUGCGGUGUGAAACUGUCAAAUAAAGAUAAUUUAGAAGGUCAUAAAAACUUGCAUUUCGGAAUCAAGCCGUACAUAUGUGACCAAUGUGGACAAACCUUCAACAGCAAGAAAAUUCUAAUGAGUCACAUGAAUGAAUUGCAUAUAACCAUGAAAAAUCUUAUGUGUCAGCAUUGUCCAAACACUUACACAAGUCUGGCAAAGCUGAAUAGUCACAUGAAAAGAAGUCAUAGUCAGCAUACCUACAGUGUGGUGUGUAGACUGUGUAACAAGGUUUACAAAACCAAGUAUGAUCUUCAAAGACACAUGAAAACCCAUGAAAGUGAUAAAAGCUUUGUUUGUAAAAUCUGCAAAAAAGAAUUUAAAGUGAAGUCAUAUCUGCUUCAACAUGAGAGGAAUCAUUCUCGGACUUUUCAAUGUAAUUUAUGUGGUAAAUAUUUCAGUAAUGGAGCCUCCCUUUCUCGACAUAAACAGACUCACUUGGUCUCAAAACAGCAUACAUGCCAUAUUUGUGGCCGUGGAUUUGUUCAAAAGACACCCUACUGGUUGCAUAUGGAAAAAUAUCACGAUCUUCAUAAACGGGAGCUCAUUGAAAUGUUUCCCGAAAAACAUGUUUCUAAAAAUUUAUUGCAUGUGCAUAAAAUAUAGAGAGAUUGAAUUAUUAUAAAAAAUGUGCUCAAAAGAACAAUCUAAUUCUAACUUAUUUGAUGUUGUUGUGCUAGAUAUUAGAGUUCACUCAGAGCUCAAAUUGUAAUCAUAAUCAUCAAUACUGCAGGGAUUUGGGGAGUUCAUAGAUAGCCCGAUAUAUAUACAAUUUGUUCAUCUUAAAUUUUUAAAACAUACCUUCUGUGUAUAAGGCAACAAACUUCAGUUAUGCCACUGUAUGCAGAGAAAGCAAGAUUUCCAGUAAAUAUUUUGUGAAAAAUGUGUUUUGUGAAAUUCUGUUUUAUUUAAUUCAAGAGUAAUUCGGAUUCAUUUGACAUUUAUCAUGUAUGUAUAUUCUACUUGUAUUAUAAUGGCCAUCGGCAAAUAAUGUGUACUUUAACCCCUAAAUAUAUGAUUGUGUAGACAGCAUGUUAGGCCAUAUUUCUGGAGCCCAUUCUAGGGGAUUUGUUCAGAAAGGCUGAAAAUUCAGGGGGAUUUUGAUAGUAUUCAGAAGAUUUUUUAGCAGGUCUAAGUUGGUGAAAUUUAAGUAUUUUAAGAAGGAUGUAUGAAAAAUGUAUUCUCAUAUAUUUAUUACUAUGAAUACCUUUAACUUUUUGAAUAAACAGAAUUAUUUUAAACCGGUGUAUCAUGAUUCAUCAUAAUCUGUCAUGUUAUGCUGUAAUGUACUUGCAGAACAAAAUAUGUCGAAGGAAAAUUAUGUUUUUUAGACAAUUUAAUUUGUUUACCUUCCUCCAAAGUCAAUUAAAAAAUUCUGCUUAAUACUUAUAUAUCAGCUAUGAUGAUGUUCAGACAAUCAGAGAAUGGAAUAAAUAUAGUAGUAUUUCUUUGCCUUUGAUCAUUACUACAAAUAAAGUAAUCAUUAAAAGAGCAUCCUUUUGGCAUUUAUCAAAUCUUUUUUAAAGUAUUCAUUGUAAUUUAU